AUGCCUGGUGGAUUGUACGCCAUCUCGAGAAACUGGUUUCUGUCUCUAGGAGGUUAUGACCCGCUACUUUACGGCUGGGGUGGAGAAAACAUUGAGAUCUCUUUUAAGGUGUGGAUGUGUGGCGGGUCACUGCAGUGGUCAAGAUGUUCUCACGUGGCCCACAUGUUCCGGGACAAAUCGCCAGUCCAGUACCCCAAUAAAAAAGAGAUCACCGUGAAGAAUUCCAUCCGGGUAGCGGAGGUGUGGAUGGACAGGUUCAAGCACUCGUUCUAUGAAAGGAUCGCAUACAACAUAGCAGAUAUUGGUGACGUUACAGAGAGGAAAGAGAUACGCAAGUCAUUAGGAUGCCACAACUUUGAGUGGUAUUUGAACAACGUUCAUCCGGAACUCUGGUGGGAAAUAGAUGACGGUGGUUUUUACCUGGGGCUGAUAGAGAACAAAUUAAGCCGUACGUGCUUACAAACUGCUGUCGAUGACAGAUUUCCACGACUCGAAAACUGUUCUAUAUUUAAUGUUCUCGAGAUUUGGCGCCUAGGACCCAGAGGGACAGUAGAGUGUAUUGAUACAGCCCUGGGGGUCGGCCCCGCCACGGUGGGAGCAAAUCACCAAUUUGAUGUCGAGAUCUUCAGUAAAAGAAGACCUAACCCAAAGCCAUUUAAUACAUGGAUUUACGACAGGGAACAGCGACUGGUCAGCGGUGAAACCGGCUUGUGUCUGGAAGCUGGCCGCGAAAGGUCAAGGCCGGCGCUCGCCCCGUGCACGGACGCAGACGACCAGAAAUGGUUUUGGAUGACCCGGUCCACGUUUCGUGAACUGCACAAGAAAAGGGGCGUCAAGAUAGACUGGGGUGGCUGAUACCAGGGGCGCUUGAAUGU